AGGACCAUGCACGAACGUUGUCAAGUCCGAUAAGCGUUUCUCCUGCGUCAGUCUUUCCCAACAAAUGCCGUUCUGUACCUUCGCUGACUUCCGUCACUGAAUUAUCCAGGCGACCACGGUUAGGCCGUCAUGUUAUAGGAUAUAUCUCUCUAAAGAACGACGCGUGAAGUAGACCUCCCGUGUUAGCCGAAUUCGCGUUAGGAUACUUCCGCCUUAUACUAGAAUCGGCGAUUGAGUAGAUCGUCGAAUCGCGGGCCGAGUCCGCCGUCUAGAGCAAGCAGUUACUAACGAGUGCGCGAGAAUCAAUAUCGACUAGGGAAAGCACAAUCAAUCGCCGCAAAUGACUCGGGGAUUCUCGAGAAUUCGGCAUCGAACUCGGCACAGAAAUUCACAUUUUUAAAACUCUCGAAGGGUGCACGUAGUCACCGGCGCGUAGACAGCACGGCCGCUUUCGAACGGUCUCGAUACAGUCCUCAUCAUUAAGAAAGUAUACAGGGUUGGAUAAUACGCAUCAGGCCUCGAGAUUGUCGAACGCUGCUGAACGCAAUGUCGGAAACGGAUGAGCUCACAGCGAAGACUGGCGGGUGGGGAGGAGCACACAAGCUAGCAGUUCCCUUCGACAGCGACGAGUGGAGUAACAGGGUUACCAGCAGCUUCAACGAAAUCACCCUCAGUGACGGCACCGGUGCCCGCGGCGGCGGCGGCAGAAGCGGCGCGGGAAGCGGCGUUAGAAGCGGCGCGGGAAGCGCGGCGAGCAGCCGACACAGCAGCAGCACGUUUAGCGGCAGGAGCGGCAGCAUAGCGUGGAGCGACGACUUUAGCGACUGCGGACUGUACGACCCGGCUAGCUAUCCCGAGACCCCUUCCUUUCACUCCGCCAUUGCGUCGUUCCAAACUGAACCGCCUCUUUCCGCCGCCGCCGCCGCCACCGCCGCCGACGACGACGCCGACCUUCCAGAUGGCGGUGUCUGCCGCGCCGCCGGCGAUGCGGCGAGUUUUCAAUGCGGCGCGUCUUCUCGGCGUGCUGGCCUGCCGCCGUCUGGCAUCUGCGAUCGCCACGUCAGCAGCAGCUGCGAGAUCCCCGGCGCGACGGAGGAGCACCGCAACGCUGCGUGUGAUAAUAUCGAGGGGAGCGGCCGUCGCGGCGGUGCGACGAGCUACGACACGGACGACGACGACGACGACGAGUGCGACAGUAACGAGAGCAGCGACAUCGUUGGUCGCGAGGUGAUCCGACGGUUCAACAGCAUCGGCCACGGAAUCGGCGGCGGGGGAUUAUCUACCAGCAGCCUGGGUAACAGAAUGAUGAUGCGGCAUGAUAAACACGUGGCCAUGGCUCCUCGUCCGAUGGGGUCCGGAGCAGCACCCAUGGGGAUAAUCAACGGUACGGGAAGUUAUUAUUACGGUGUAGGAUCUGGAAGGGGAGGGAAUCGGCCGGUUGCUACUGACGGGUCGGUUUCUAGCGGGGAUGACGUGGGGGACGGGUGCAGCGCGCCACAUCGGCGCGCUUUGAGCGUGGAUUUUCACCCGCCGCCCGUGUUCAUGCACUCCCCGCGCACGCCGCCAUUCGGCGGGGACGGCGGAGAUUGUUCCUCCCCGCUCUUCUCCCCUCAUAUCUCCCCGCGCAUGUCGCCCGCGCACUCGCCGCAUCGGCCUCCCUCCCAUCCUUGGUCGACUAGCCCGAGCGAAGCUUCCCCGCGCCCUCGAGAAGCUUCCGCUUGCCUUCCGUCAGAGCAAGCGGCUACAGAGGAGGAGGCAAGGGCGCACGCGGGAGAGGCGCUAGGGUCGAGGGUAGAAGAGCAAGGCCCGCAGCCCCAGCAGCAGCAGCAGCAGCAGCAGCAGGAGCAAGCGCAAGAGAAGCAAGACUCCAGUCAAGAAACUCUGUUGUUUAAAGGUCGGCACCAGCAACAUCCCCAGCAGCAGCAGCAGCUACAGCUGCAGCACAGGCGGCGGCCGCAGCUCCCACAGCAGCAGCACCUGAGGCUCGGGUCCGCCCGGUCCGGCAGCGCCGGGGCUACGGGCCAGCAUCGGCGGCACCGAUCCUAUGCAGACCACUCCGGUUCGGACCCAGCCCGGAGGUUCGGCAGCACCGGGAGCAUCGGGAGCAGCUGCCUCGGAAGCAGUAGCAACGGUGGUGGUGGUGGUGGAGGGGGGGGAGACGGCAGUGGUAACACUGUAACCGCACGUAGCACCCUCCGAAGCCGUAGCUUCGGUGGUAACCACCACAGCAGCGCCAGCUUCGGCGGCAGCUUCGGCAGCCACGGGCUAAGCCACAGCCACAGCUGCGGCGUGGCUUUAAACCUCCCCCCUAGAAGCCCUCUUAAAUCCCCUGGUCAGCUUGCUAUGGCUCUGAGUGUGCCUGUGGGGUUGGAGUGCGGUGCAGGGGAGUUCAGUCCGGUGACAAGGUCACCCAGACCACCGAAAUCCCCGUUUUCUAAUGAUGCUGGGCCUUCUGUAUUCUCAGCUGAGAGGGUGGCGGUUAGCGGGAUUGCCGUGGCUGUUGAGUCGACUCAACGGCCGAUUCCCCUGCCCUCUGCUCCCGCUUCUGCUUCUGCAGCCCCUCCCAACCCCCCUGCUCCUGUUUCUGCUUUGGCUUCGCCUGCUGCUGGUCCGGAUGCUGCUGCUUCUGCUGCUACUGCCGCUGCUUCUGCUGCUGUCAAUGCGGCAGCUGCCGCCGCUGCAUUGCCAUCGCCUCCCGAUGCUGCUACAGCUGUCGAUCCUCAAGCCACGCCCUCGCAGCAAGCCGCAUUGCGGCUGCAUGAGGAUCAGAUCAAGCUGCUGCAGAGGCUGCAGCAGCAGCUGCAGCAACACCGGAUGCACCUGCAGCAGCAGCAGCAGCAGCAGCAGCAGGGGCAGCAAGGGCAACAAGGGCAGCAAGGGCAGCAGGGGCAGCAGCAGGAAGGGCCUGGGCAGGGGGAUUUGCAACAGCAGCUAAAGGAGGCUCUGCUGCGCAGAUUAGGGGAGAUCCAUGCGGCAACCAGUGCCACCAGUGCCAUUACCAGCAAUUCUGACGCCCGGGGGGCUGCUCUAAGCGCCAGUGGUGGUGGUUUUCACAGGCGCCAUCUAAGCGCCAGUGUGGGAGUCACCAGCAGCGGCAGCAGCAUGCUGGUUGCUCCUGCCACUGCACGGGCCUCGAGUCAAUGUAUCCCCGCUGCAGCUGCUGCUGCUGCUGCAGGCAACCUUCCCACUGUGUGCCACUCUGCCUACCCAUCAGCAGCCGCUGCUUCAGAGGGUGCUGGGGCAUUUACACUGCAAAUGCAAGGCACGGGUCUAAGCUCUGCUGCUGCAGCAGCAGCAGCAGGUGCUGCUCCUGUUUCCCCAGUCCUCAACCCCCCCUCCAUGCACCGUUGCGCCUCUCUAGACGCCCACUCUCAGCAGUUUUUCAAAACCCUCAGCACCUAUAUUAGCAGGGGGCUCACAGGGGAGAUGGGGGAGGGAGGAGGGAGUGGUAGUGGUGAUGGUGGGUGUUUUGGGCGGCAAAGUGGGGCGGCAGAGGUGGAUUCGGCGAGUCUUAGCUGGCGGGAUUUUAUUCUGCGCAUGCCGUACGAUAACGUGAAGAGAUUUUAUUCGGUCAGCGCCGUCCGGAUCGGGAGCGGGCGGUACGGGGUGAUUCGGCCGUGCACGCACCGAGGGACUGGAGUGAAGAUGGCAAUUAAGACAAUCAAGAAGGAGCAGAUGAAGUGCAAGGAGGACGUAGAGGACGUGCGAACAGAGGUCAUCAUUCUGGGGCUGCUGCGCAAUCACCCCUGCAUCAUCAACCUGCAUGACGCAUUUGAGGAUGAGAAGUACGUACACUUGAUAAUGGAGGUGUGCGAGGGAGGGGACCUGUUCGACCGAAUCAAGCAGCGCGGCCAGUUUCCUGAACGGGAUGCGGCUCUGGUGUGCAAAGGCUUGGCGGAGGCGCUGGUGCAGUGCAGCAGCAGAGGCGUGGUGCACCGCGACGUGAAGCCUGAGAACAUUCUGCUCUGCUCCAAGGAGUGCCACACGCGGAUCAAGCUGAUCGACUUCGGAGUUGCUGCCCUGCACACUCCAGGCACCCUACGGACCGACAGAGCGGGAACAGUGGAGUACACUGCACCCGAGGUGUUGGACCGAGCCUACGGUCCCGAGGCAGACAUCUGGAGCGCUGGGGUAGUGCUGUACAUUCUGCUCUGCGGCUUCCCGCCGUUUUGGGCGGCGACUGACGCUGACCUGGAGAGGAAGAUCCGGGUGGCGAGCGUGGAUUUCCGUCACCCGAGGUGGGCGGCGGUGUCGGGCGGCGCGAAAGAUUUGAUUCUGAGGAUGCUGGAGAAGGAUCCGAGGAAGAGAAUAUCUGCCCUGGAGAUCUUUGCCCAUCCCUGGAUCAGAGAAGCCGAAAGCAGCUGAACCCCACCACUGCCAACUGACUGAUCACCUGACCAUGUUCAUUCGGUUGUAAAACCACCUGAGGGGCGCCACCUGUUGUGAAAAUACCUGACAAAAUGUAGCCAGGCUAACGCCGCCUGACUACUAAAUGGCACCUGGCUCGAUGCCAUGUUUGAUUUGAUCAGAAUCCAUCUUUUUGUGGUCCCUUUUGGAUGACCAUUUCCUCACCAAAGUAUAAUGUGCUCCGAGAUAUGGCUCAAUAAAGCAUUGAGAGAUGUGACAUAAAACUUUGACAUUUUA